AACCUUUAUUUAUGUCUUCUUCUAUUCUUCUUCAACCCUCCUCCUGCCUCCAUAAAAAUCCCACCUUUCUCAUCUUCCAAUUCCGUCAAACUCCCAUUUUUCAUCCCUAAAUCCUUCCCAAAGCUCCCACCUUUCCCCCAUCCAUGGCCACCUCCUUCAUCCCCCUCCUCCUUCUUACCCUCCUCCUUGCGGGAUUCUCUCCAUCCCUUGCCCAGACCUGCCUUUCCGACACCUUCUCCGGAAACCGCUUCUACAGCAACUGCAACACCCUUCUGUACCUCGGAGCUAAAGUUCACUGGACCUACCACCCGAGCAACGCCACUAUCGACGUCGCCUACCGCGCCCCCAUCUCCUCCAACGGCUGGGUCGCAUGGGCUCUCAAUCCCACCGGCUCAGGCAUGAUCGGGGCUCAGGCUCUCUUCGCCUUCUCCGGAUCCGGUAGCGCCGUGAGCGUUUACGCCACCGCCAUCUCUAGCUACACUCCUGAUGUCAAAGAUGGUAACUUGAGCUUCAAGGUGUAUAGCAAGUCAGGGGAGUUGUCCAAUGGGGUGAUGACCAUCUUUGCGACGUUGGCGUUGCCUCAGAAUCGCACCACUGUGAAUCAAGUUUGGCAGGCUGGACCGUUGAGCAAUGGGGUGCCGGCGCAACACUCGACUACCGGUGAUAAUAUUAAGUCGUCCGGAAGCAUUGAUUUACUCUCCGGCUCCGUCAGCGGCGAUACCAGCAACUCCAGGCAGCGUCGUAAGAAUACGCAUGGUGUGCUAAAUGCAGUGAGUUGGGGUAUCCUGAUGCCUGUUGGAGCCAUCAUGGCAAGAUACAUGAAGGUGUUUGCCGAUCCCGCCUGGUUUUAUCUCCAUGUUGCUUGCCAGCUCUCGGCAUACAUUAUUGGAGUUGCUGGAUGGGGAACUGGUCUUAAACUUGGAAGCGAAUCUUCUGGAAUUACAUACCAUGGACAUCGCAACAUUGGAAUUGCUCUCUUCUGCCUUGCCACCCUUCAGAUAUUUGCUUUGCUUCUGAGGCCAAAGAAGGACAACAAAUACCGCUUCUACUGGAAUAUAUAUCACCAUUCAGUCGGUUAUUGUGUCAUAGUCUUGAGUGUCAUCAACAUCUUCAAAGGCUUUGAUAUAUUAAUCCCGGGCGAUGGCUGGAAAACCGCAUACAUUAUCAUCAUUGCAACACUGGGGGGUAUUGCAUUGAUCUUAGAGGUUGUCACAUGGAUCAUAGUUCUAAAAAGGAAGGAUCGGGAAGAAAAGUCUCACCAUGGCACUAAUGGUUUCAAUGGUUAUGAAGCCAGGCAGCAAUCGAGAGUAUGAGAAUCUCAUUUGUUUAUAAAUACGGUGUGUUUGCAGGUCAGUGUUCGAUUAUACCCUUUACAUUUAGAGGAGAGAUGUGGUUGCCGAUAUGGGUUCUAUUCUUUCUUAGAGUUGGUUUCACUGUGGAUUAGCCACAGAUAUGCUUGUACUGCCUCACUUCUGUAGAAUUAGACAUCUUUUUCUCUCUUUUUUCCCAUGUAUGAUUGAGCCAUUGUAUUUUCCCAUGUACGAUGAGCAUUACGGUUGGAUUUAUCAUCUUUGUUUGUGAUAUAUCAGUUGAUUGACAUAGUACU